UAGAUGUCGCCUUGCUGUAAAGCUGAAGGUGCCGGUCAGGCUGGCAGAAGAUGGCGGUGCGGAAGAAGGACGGCGGGCCGAACGUGAAAUUUUAUGAGUCCUCUGACACAAUCUCUCAGUUCGACAACGUGCGGCUAUGGCUGGGGAAAAACUACAAGAAGUAUAUUCAGGCCGAGCCUCCUACUAACAAGUCCCUGUCAAGCCUGGUAGUCCAGCUCUUACAGUUUCAAGAAGAGGUGUUUGGAAAACAUGUCAGCAAUGCACCGCUUACUAAAUUGCCGAUGAAAUGCUUCCUAGACUUUAAGGUGGGAGGCUCUCUGUGCCAUAUUCUUGCUGCUGCUUAUAAAUUCAAGAGUGACCAGGGAUGGCGCAGGUUUGACUUUCAGAACCCAUCCCGUAUGGACCGCAAUGUGGAAAUGUUCAUGAACAUUGAAAAGUCCCUUGUGCAGAAUAACUGUCUGUCGCGACCCAAUAUAUAUCUUCAUCCGGACAUAGACUCCAAACUACAGAGCAAGCUGAAGGACAUUGUAAAAAGACAUCAGGGUACUGUAACGGAGGACAAAAGUCAUGCUUCCCAUGUGGUGGUUCCAGUUCCUGGCAACUUGGAGGAAGAAGAAUGGGUGCGACCCAUACUGAAGCGUGACAAGCAGGUUCUUCUUCAUUGGGGUUACCAUCCUGACAGUUAUGAUACCUGGAUCCCUGCAAGCGAAAUUGAAGCUCCAGUGGAAGAUGCACCAACCGCAGAAAAGCCACGCAAGGUGCAUGCCAAGUGGAUCCUAGACACUGACUCAUUUAACGAGUGGAUGAAUGAAGAAGAUUAUGAGGUGAAUGAUGAUCGCAAUCCUGUUGCACGUCGCAAGAAGAUCUCAGCCAAGACCUUGACUGAUGAAGUAAGCAGUCCUGACUCGGACCGCAGGGACAAGAAGGGACCUAAUUACAAAAAGAGGAAACGUUCCCCAUCCCCACCCCCAAGUGCAGAAGCAAAGAAGAAGAAUGUCAAAAAAGGACCCUCAACUCCUUACACUAAAUCCAAGAGGGGCCACCGUGAUGAGGAACAAGAGGAUCUGACAAAGGACAUGGAUGAACCUUCGCCUGUUCCUAAUGUAGAAGAAGUAACUCUGCCCAAAGCUGUCAACACCAAGAAAGAUUCUGAAACAGCCCCAGUAAAAGGAGGCACUGUUACUGACCUUGAUGAACAAGAAGAUGAAAGUAUGGAAGCAGUGACAAAGGAAGAAGAUGAGAACUCUUCAGGGAUCAAAAUUGAACAAGUGAAGACCUCUGACCUUCAUGAAGACAAUGUAACUGAACAAACACAUCACAUUAUUAUCCCCAGCUAUGCGGCCUGGUUUGACUAUAAUAGUGUACAUGCAAUUGAGCGCCGAGCACUGCCUGAGUUUUUCAAUGGAAAGAACAAAUCAAAAACCCCUGAGAUCUAUUUGGCAUAUCGAAACUUCAUGAUUGACACAUAUCGACUGAAUCCUCAGGAAUACCUCACUUCAACGGCAUGCCGGCGCAACCUGGCAGGGGAUGUUUGCGCUAUAAUGAGGGUCCAUGCUUUCUUGGAACAAUGGGGAUUGAUUAAUUACCAAGUGGAUGCCGAGAGUCGUCCUACACCAAUGGGACCACCUCCCACUUCACAUUUCCAUGUCUUAGCUGACACACCAUCAGGACUGGUACCACUGCAGCCAAAAACACCACAGACCUCAGCCUCACAGCAGAUGCUCAAUUUUCCAGACAAAGGUAAAGAAAAACCAAGUGACCUACAAAACUUUGGCCUAAGGACUGACAUGUAUAGCAAGAAGAAUACAACUUCCAAGAGUAAAUCUGCUGCAAGUGCCACACGGGAAUGGACUGAGCAGGAGACGCUGUUACUCCUUGAGGCUCUAGAAAUGUACAAAGAUGACUGGAACAAGGUGUCUGAACAUGUUGGCAGUCGGACUCAAGAUGAAUGUAUUUUACACUUCCUGCGGUUACCUAUUGAGGAUCCAUAUUUAGAGAACUCGGAAGCAUCUCUUGGUCCUUUGGCCUAUCAACCUAUACCGUUUAGCCAGUCUGGCAACCCUGUAAUGAGUACUGUAGCCUUCCUGGCCUCUGUCGUGGAUCCACGUGUAGCAUCUGCUGCGGCCAAAUCAGCCUUAGAGGAGUUUUCUAAGAUGAAGGAGGAGGUUCCCACGGCAUUAGUAGAAGCUCACGUCCGAAAGGUGGAAGAUGCAGCCAAAAUAACUGGCAAACCUGACCCAAGUUAUGGCCUUGAGAGCAGUGGCAUUGCUGGCACUGCUUGUGAAGACAAUGAGCGAAUAGAAAUGUGUGUUUAUAAUGUAAUUCCUGUAUUAUAUUGGAAUGCUUUGCUUCUAGAGGAAACUACUACAGAGGAACCUCCUCCUGAACCACAGCCCGCAGAAGAGAAGAAGGAACCAAAGGAUUCACCUAUUGAGCCUGUCACAGAAGAGGACGCAAAGGAGCGUGGUAGUGAUUCUGUAAAGAAGGAGGAAGAGAAGAGCAAAGAUGACACAGACAAGGACUCUGAGAAGAGUGAUGUAGAUAUGGCUGAUGGGGACAAAGUAUCUGAUAGUAAAGAAGGUUCAGAAGAAACAGAUAAGGAGGAAACCGCAGUGAAGAACAAGGUGGAGAGAGACAUCGGAGAGGGGAACCUCUCUACAGCUGCAGCUUCUGCCUUGGCUGCUGCUGCUGUGAAGGCUAAACACCUGGCUGCAGUGGAGGAACGAAAGAUCAAGUCAUUGGUGGCUCUGCUGGUGGAGACUCAAAUGAAGAAACUAGAGAUCAAACUGAGGCACUUUGAGGAGCUGGAGACCAUCAUGGAUAGAGAACGGGAGGCGCUGGAGUAUCAGCGGCAGCAGCUCCUAGCAGACAGGCAGUCCUUCCACAUGGAACAGCUAAAAUACGCAGAGCUGAGAGCACGUCAACAGCACUUCCAGCACAUUCAGAAUCAACACCAGCAGCAACAUCAGACUCCUGGCAGCCAGCCUGUGCCCCCCACUGCCCACUCCAUCCCUGUAACACAAGCUUCUGUGACCCCUGCAUCUGGGGGUACAGCAAGCAGUUCGGAAGGGCUGAGUCAGCCAAAUCCACCUCCAUCACAACCACCAGUGAACAGUCAGCAGCAAGGAGGCACACAACCCAGCCCAGCACACGGUUCUGGUUCGUAUACAGGCCAACCACCACCCAACCCCAUGAUCCCAUCAGCAGUAUCUGCUCCUGCCCAGCCUCCGGUGCCCGGUAAUCAGCACCCCAGCAUGCCUUUGCCUGUACCAUUAAUUAUGAGUAGUGACUUAGUUGACUCUGCUCAUCACAACCCACCGACUAACACCUAUCCAGUGCCCCAUCCCAUGCAUGGCUCUUUCCCUCCUGCAGCAUGCCGGGUCGGUGGGCCUUCCCCACUACCACAUAACCCUUCCAUUGCCCUAUCUUCAGCGCCUCCUAACUUGCCGUCUUCCCUGGGGUCAGCGGCCACACACAGCCCUGCGAUCGUAGCUGCAGUGCAGGGAGGGGCUCCCGUCACAACCAGUCCUGUACCAGAUCCCGCAACAUCCCUCCAGCCUGCAGAAUCCAUAGGAAGCACAGUCCCUCCAGCCCAACAGUAACAGUGGGACUUCUCUUUUUGUGGGGGGGAUCCAGACCAGAAUAGAAGUGAGAAAGAUUGUGGAAAUGUGUCUCAGAUACUUCUUUCUGGAUCCAGACCUCCCCCAUGCUUAGAACCACACAUUGAGCUCUCCAGGGACACAAUUCCCCUUUGUGUCAUGACCUUUCUUCAUUUUAUGUCAUGAAUGGCCUGGACCUCAGCUGUUUGAUGUUAACUGCAGUACUAAGUAUUCUGAAGGGGGACCUGUAAGGGAACAAGAGGAGACUAUAGCACAUCCAGGCUCCUUUGGUAUCCCUGUCUCCGCCGUGGGAGUGUGGAAAAGUAGUGUGCAGCAAACA